UCAAAGUAAUUAUCAUUCAUUUGAUUUGAAUUUUCCCCACGGGUCCUUUUUUGUCCCUUCGUUACAUUUUGUCCACUACUCAUUUAUACGUCUUUGUUUACUUCGUAGACAAAGACAAAUGUAGUUACAAAAUGUAACGAGUAGCUUUUUAAACCCCGCUUUGCGACAUCUUAGCUUUUUUAAUUCGCUAAAAAGACUCGCUCAUUGGUUCACGACCAAAAAGCAUCAGAAAUCCCUACAUCCUGUAAAAAAGGUAAUUUUAAUUGUUUUACGAACAAUUAUCAAUAAAAUAUCAGUCCACGACUGCAUUGAAAUAAAAAUUCUAAUCCUUGUGUUUUAUUUAUCUCUUUUCUUUCAUUUUGCAACGCAAACAUUGGUCCAAUCGAGCCGGAUUAUUUUCAACGAAAACUAACCCGUCUCUUUUUCCCUUUUACAAAGGCAAUCAUCAACAUCGACUUCGUCGAGGACAACAACAACCAAACACAAAAGAUCAACGAUCACCAACAUUUAUUGUAUUUAUUUAUCGAAAUAAAUUAAUAUCAGCAACACAGAAGAUGGAAAAUUUAGGAAAGAUGGCUGCAACUCUCCCCGAUUAUGAGGACGACGUCCCCAUGUCCGAUGAGGAAAGGGAGCUCGAUGCCAUGAUUACCCCCAUCUCCGAUGAACCGAUGGUAACUGGGCCCCCUGAAGCUGUUCCUCCCUCGGAGGAAAAUUUAAAAUCUGAAAAUCCGUCUACGACGGUCCCUGAAGCUCCUUCAGGAGACACUGUGGUCACGCCACCUUCUUCGGCCCCCUGCCGAAGCAACCAGGGUUCGAGUACGGCAUGCGUUCUUUGCGACGGUAAGCAUCACUUACGUGAUUGCAAAGAGUUUCGCGUGAUGCGCAUUGAGAGAAGGCUUCGAACAGUCGCACUUCACAGAUGCUGCGGCAAUUGUUUGGCGUCAACGCAUUCUCUACGAGAUUGCACCAGUCGGCGUUGUUGCACUGUUUGCAACAAGCAACAUCAUACGUUGCUCCAUCAGCCUUCUCUCCAAGAUAAAACGCCAGUGCGCUCAUCCCUUCAAAAUCACCCCAACAACUCGAAACCGUCCAAAAAACUACGCAAGCGUAGAUCUUCGAAACGUCCGUCCGCUAAUAUUUCCCAGCUUCCAAUUCUUGGUCCCGGCAUCGCUCCCCGACAUAAUGCGGCACAUUUGGUGGCACCCCGGCCUGUAUCCGCCAUCCAGUCUGUAGCUACGCUUGGGCCUACGAUGGUGGUACAGGUCAUUAUGGCCAACAACCGGAUACCUGUCAGGGCACUUCUAGACCCAUGUGCAGGUCACAGUUUGAUCUGUCGGUCUUUGGCCGACUGUCUUGGACUGUGUCCUGUAAUUGUGGGUCCAGAAAGAUUCUGCCAGUUGUCCGUCGCCUCUUCGUACGACGGUACGCAACGCAUUUCUUUGUCGGCGCGAGUGAUAAAUCUGGCGCACCUCAUAUCUCCUUCGGAGUCUGUGUCCGAGGGCCUAAAAGACCAUUAUGCUGGCCUGCAACUUGCCGAUCCUCGGUUCUACGAAACAGCCGCAGUCAGUUUGGUUUUAGGCCCAGAAGUCUACCAUAAGGUAAUGAAGCCUCAGACCUAUUCUAGCCCUGGUUUCCCAUGGGCCCAGCUCACCAUUUUUGGCUGGGUAAUUUCGGGCCCAUGUAAUAUCUAAAACCCUGUGAGGGGCAAUCUUCAAUUGCCUCUGGCUCUACGAGCCCUCGUCACAAGACUCUACGAGUCAUUUGUUAUAAAAAAAAACAAGUUUAUAGAUCUGGUCUCUACGAGCCAAUUACGAUCUCUGCUCUACGAGCAAAAACUUGUAUCAUUGUAAAAUGUUUUUUGAAAAAAAGUAAAAAAAAAAAAAUAAAUAAAUAAUAAAUAAAAAUAAGAAAAAUUCAACAACAAAAAAUGUACACUUAUAUACCUUUUUUUUAUAAUUUUGCAACAGCAGGAUGUUGCAACGCGGGCGGCAAUGAAUAGUUUCAAAGUAAUUAUCAUUCAUUUGAUUUGAAUUUUCCCCACGGGUCCUUUUUUGUCCCUUCGUUACAUUUUGUCCACUACUCAUUUAUACGUCUUUGUUUACUUCGUAGACAAAGACAAAUGUAGUUACAAAAUGUAACGAGUAGCUUUUUAAACCCCGCUUUGCGACAUCUUAGCUUUUUUAAUUCGCUAAAAAGACUCGCUCAUUGGUUCACGACCAAAAAGCAUCAGAAAUCCCUACAUCCUGUAAAAAAGGUAAUUUUAAUUGUUUUACGAACAAUUAUCAAUAAAAUAUCAGUCCACGACUGCAUUGAAAUAAAAAUUCUAAUCCUUGUGUU